AUGCAGACUCAUAUGCUUGACCAAUUUACUCAAACUCUCGUCGAUCCAGCGAACAAGAAACCUCGACCUGGCGACGAGCUCCUUACCCUGCCGCCGGACACGACUGUGGCGAGUCCUGAUGACGACGAUCCAGCGGACGAUGACUUCGAGCCUACGCAGACCGUCAGCCCUUCGGAUGUCCCCAGCGUUGCCUUGACAUCCGCCGCUUUAUCCACGCCAACUGAUCCUGCUCCCGUUCAGUCUACAUACCCUAUCCAAUCACCAGGCUGUCAAGUGGCCAGCUCACCACUCGCCGCCCCGCCCGUCCUCCUCUUCCUCUCCGACGGCAGUAAUGCCACCCUCGAUCAAUUACUUUAUCUACUCCAAGAACCAAUAUGCACCGGCACAUGCAAGAUACCCGAGGGUAUCCCAUCCAAUGUCGCUGCUGCAACAGGCGAUGGAAAUUACUGUGAGAUUGCUGUUGCUAUCUCCGACAGUGUGGAAGGCUGGAUGUUUACAAAUUCGCCACCCACCGGUGUCGAGGCUGAAGAAUGUUGGGUUAGUACGCAAGACAUUAUUGACGAUUGUGUUAAGGCGGAUUUCUCGAAGCAUGGAUGGUGGAAUGGAGAUCAUGUUUAUCAGUAUUAUGAAGCUGGGUACAGGGCGCUUAAUAGUCCGAGUGCGAAGCAUACGAGUAAGUUGACGGCUUGGCUGUGA